UUUUUUUGCUAUAUAUAUAUUUUCCCCAUUUCCCAGUUUUUGCUAUAAUUGUUAUUAGCGUAAACACAUUCCCUCAUCACCUUGGAGUAAUUCUAAGGAUGUCUAGCAGAAGAUCAAGGCAAUCUGCAGCUGUUUCAAGAAUCACCGAUGAUCAGAUCAUCGAACUUGUCUCUAAGUUACGUCACCUUCUCCCGGAGAUCCAGCAUAGGCGCCCAACUAAGGUGUCAGCUUCGAAGGUCCUACAAGAGACCUGCAACUAUGUCAGGAGCUUGCACAAAGAGGUGGAUGACUUGAGUGAGCGACUGUCUCAGCUUUUGGCUACAAUUGAUGCUGAUAGUCCUGAAGCUGCUAUAAUAAGGGGAUUAAUCAUGUAAUUAAGCACUUUGUAUUAAAAAAUUAAUUAAAUAUAAUUUUACAUAUAUAUAAAUAUUAAUCCUCAUAUGUAAGUUGUUAGAAGAGAUGGAGUAGUUUGAUCACUACCAGCUGCUGGUACUAGCAGAUCAAACAAAGUAAAGGGGUCAGAAGCUAUUUUUAAGAAAAGCUGCCAUGUGGGUAUAGGCAAUUAAUGUAAUUAAGUUGUAUAAUAAUAGGACUUGCACUUUAGCAAUUUCCUGUUAUAAUAUAUUUAUUUAUUAUUAUGGAUAACCUAUGCAU